GUGCGUUUGGGGAUUACAUGUGUGUUCGCGCCGUUACUUAUAUUGGGAGGCAUUGUAUUGAUGCGAAGGUAUUGGCGAUCGAAAGCUCUUAUCUAUAGGACAGUCGGCGCACAGAUAACGAUGCAAAAGAUGUGCGAAAAACUAUUUAUAGCGCAAAGUCUUAUGAUAUUUGAGUUACAAUUGGCCGCCUCUUCGCUCAUUCUAUGGCUCAGGAAUGGUGUCGAAGAUUGGACUCCAGAAGAAGUGGUUGUAGUGAGCAUUGGAACUGUUGUCACCAUUUUAUGGCUCAUUUUAGGAUAUUUAGCGUACAUAAGGGAUGCCAACGACGAGUUGCUACAGAACUCGGUGUUUGUGUCGGGAGGGCUCAAACAAAAAGGUAUUACCUAA